AUGAUCGGCCAAACGGUGAAACCGCUGUACUACCGCCCGCCGCCCGACUCGGAUCCGGCCAGCGUGGGCACGACGCACACUCGCCCGGCAGCCAGCGCUGACGUGGAGGAGUGGGUGCUCGUGGACGGCACGCCGGCCAGCUGUGUCCAGAUCGGCCUGUACCACUUCUUUGCCUCCAGGGGCCCGGUCGACCUUGUUGUGUCAGGGCCAAACUACGGCCGCAACACCACUGCCGUCUUUGCGCUGUCAUCGGGCACGCUGGGCGGCGCACUCGAGGCUGCCGUCUGCAAGAGGAAGGCCGUGGCGCUCAGCUACGCCUUCUUCUCGCGCAACCACGACCCCGUGAUCAUUUCAGGGGCAACUCGGCACUCGGAGGAAGAGGAGGAGCGCAUUCGCCAGGGCGAGGAGGUCGAUGCCGGCGGCGAAGUGAACGGGAGCAAUGGCGAGCAGAACGGGAGCCGUGGUGCAUCAGGAGAGGCCGCAUCGGGUCACACGCACAAACACUUCAAAUGGGCGCCGAAAUUUACAGAUGUUUAUAAGAGUGUUGACGAGGCGGGGCCGGGCAAUGAUGGCUGGGCUGUUAAGGAGGGACAGACAAGUGUCACCCCCUUGAAGGCGAAUUUCUGGCAUGCGGCGCCGCAAUUGCAUAACGAGGAGUUGAAGCUGGAACCUUUAAAGUCGAGUACCCCUAUCCCGCUCAGGGGCUCAGAAACCGUAGAGAAAGCCAUCGCGACGAUAAACCAGGAUGCCAGAUCAUCACAAGAGCACCUGUACGCCGUUAUUGCCUACGAAGAUGCCUACGUCCAACCCCUAUUACUUUCUUCUCUCGAAUCCCUCCUUCCGCGAGAAGCGUGGACUCUCAUUUCUCCUACCGACGCAGCCACAGAGUCUUCUCUAACCAAGUUGGUCCCAAACUCUGCUUCAAAGAUCUUACAGAUUACGCCUUACGAGACUAUCGAUUUCGAAUACGCCGCCAGCCAUCCCGAAAGCUGUCUGAUCAACAGUUACAUGAUUCGUAAAGCGCUCAUCCGCAAGCACUUCCUCUCUACUACGGUUGAGCAUUGGGUGGCGAAGCAUCCCGAUAGUUCUCUCAAGACCCAUAUCAAGCGUAGUGAGGCGUUUGAGGUCGACUACGCCGAGUUCCUCGAUGAUGCGCUCGUCGAGUCUUUCGACUUGCGAGCAAGCAUGGAGCGCAAUGAGACAAUAUCGGGUUCAGGGGCGGAGGCGCAGGGCCGCGAGUGGUGGAUCCUGAAGCCGAGUAUGAGUGAUCGCGGCCAGGGGAUCCGGUUGUUCUCCACUAUGGACGAACUGCAAGGCAUAUUCGAUGUGUGGGAGGAAGAUAUGCCAGAUACGGACGAUGAAGACGAGGAUGAACAAGAUGAGCAGGGCAAUGGUGCAGCGCUUAGUAGGAGUGACGAGGACGAUGACAAGGACCACAUCACGACAUCACACCUCCGCCACUUUGUAGCGCAACCCUACAUCCAUCCGCCGCUACUCUUACCAGGAGACAACCGCAAGUUCCACAUCCGCACUUACGUCCUUUGUGUGGGGAGCUUGAAAGUCUACGUCUACAAGUCCAUGCUGGCACUGUUCGCGGCCGUGCCCUAUGCUGCCCCUUGGGAAGACCCGGACCUCAACGCCCAUCUGACCAACACUUGCUUACAGGGCGAGCAAACAGCCCUCGAGAAGGACUCGGUCAAGGCGUUCUGGGACCUGCCGCUCGACCGCUCGACGCUCGACUCGAUCUUCGCGCAGAUCUGCGACGUGACGGGCGAGCUGUUCGAGGCGGCGGCCAAGGCCAUGACGAUACACUUCCAGCCGCUGCCGUACGCGUUCGAGGUGUACGGUGUUGACUUCCUGGUGGACGCCGAGUCGAACGCCUGGCUGCUCGAGGUCAAUGCCUUCCCGGACUUCAAGCAGACCGGAGACGAGCUGCGAGGUGUUGUGGCGGAGUUCUGGACAGGAGUGCUGCGCCUCGCUGUCGGACCGUUUGUUGGAUCGAUAGAGCACCAGACUAGUGAGACCGAAGGGGGAGAGGUUGGUGGUAUGGUUCUUGUCCGAGAGGUCGAUCUCGGAAGGCGGUAA